UAAUUUUGCUGCUUUAGAUGUAAACAUAAUUUUAUUGUAGUACUUUUUUACUUAGGUAGUUUAAAGUGUUUUAUUACAAGAACCACAAUCAAGAGAGAAUAGAUUAAAAGAAACAUUAAUACAAGUAUUCAUAAUUCAUUGUAUUUACUAAUAAAACAUAGCUGUUUAAUCAUAAUUAAUAAUGUGUUAAUAAUGCAUUCACAUGGAACUCAAAACUAGUAAAAAAUAGUAAGAAGAAAGAGGUUGAGUUGCAUUAAAAAAAGCACAGAUUGAGAUGAACAAACCACGCAAUCGGUGCCGUUCCCCAUUCCCGUUUCGCCUUCUUCCGGUGGUGGUGGUCGUCGUGGUCGUUUCGGCAGGUAGAAAGGUUGGGGAUGAUGGGUGUUUUUGGAAAGAAAAUGGCUUGUUUUACUUAAAAUGGAAAAGAAAGUUCCAACAAGAAAAAAGGAAAAUGAAAGGCUUUUUUUCGUGUUGCACAAUCGAAGCAGAUGAACAGAAGCUCUCAUGGGAUUUUCUCUAUUUUUUUCAUGGUUUCUAUUAAUGACAGUAAUUGUUAUAUUAAAUAAGGUUGGUGUAUUGGCCUAAAAUCACACCAAGCUCCAAACAACCUUAUUGAAAAUAACAGUCCAUCAAACACUACUAAGUCUAUCAAAUCAAGCCUAGUCGGUGGUAAUAACAUUCAACCUUGUUUUGCCCAAAUCAUUAGAAGAAAUGUAACAAUCUCAUGAAUAUUACAUUUCCUCCUCUUUCACCAAACAAUUAUGUUCAAGUUUUCUCAAUUCCCAUGUCUAUAUUUAACCAUAGAAUCCACCUACUAGUUCUCACAUCCAAAAAAUGGCUGCUGCAAUGUUUUGGCCAUUGUUCUUAGCUUGUCUCGCCAUUCCCGUUGCACUAAACAAUGCACAAUCCCCAGCAGCUGCACCCGUCGCUUUGCCAACCACAACCCCAUCAACGCCUAGUGUAUCGCCAGCUGCAACAACAAAACCACCUGUUGUAGCAACACAACCGCCUGUUGCAGCGACGCCAAAAGCCUCACCAUCCCCUAAAGUAGCACCCACCGUGAGCCCAACAGUUCCCCCACCACAACCCCCGAAAGUCUCACCAGUUUCUACUCCUUCACAACCACCUUCGGUACCACUACAACCAGUUGUGUCACCAGUUACACCACCUCCAGCGGCUUCACCACCACCCUUGCCACCUCCUUUGCCAGCACCAAAGAUAUCACCGGCCCCAGCUAAAGCACCACAGGCACCAGCUCCUGCUAAAAAAGCACCAGCUCCAGCACCUGCUAAGGAAGUUCCAGCUCCUGCCCCUGCACUCUUAGCACCAAAGGCACCACCAACUGUAGCCCCAACGCCAGAGAUCAAACCGCCAGCUUCACCUCCAGUUGAAGGGCCAUCACCUACCCCAGUUCCCCACAAACAUAAAAGUAGGCACAGGCACAAACAUAAGAGACAUCAUCAUUAUGCACCUGAACCCGCACCAGCACCUGUUGUUCAUCACCACAGUCCUCCAGCACCACCUACAGCGGAAGAGUCUAACGAAGAAACAGCACCAGCACCCUCACCAACUCUGAAUGGAGGAAAUAUGCUGCGUCUUCAAGGAGAAAGAUCAGACAUGUUGAUAAGAACUGGAUUAGCUAUUCUAGUUCUGGUGGCUUCAAUAGGCUACAAUGCCUAGAAAUCUUAUAAUGGUUUACAAAGAAUUGAUUGUUUGAUAUAUAUACAUUACAUAUAAAAAGAAAAAUUCAUAGAAGUAGACAUCAAUAAUGAUUCAACAGUGAUGUUAUUUUUUUUUUUUCGAUUUUGUUUAUUUUUGUAUUUCUUCAAUUCUUUCAUGGUUAAUAUAUUUAUGAAGAUGAGUUUGAAUUACAA